GGACUGGGUUAGAAGAUACUCAGGGGUGCUGCAAGCUGCGAGUCUGUCUAGAUGUGAAUCCGCGGAAGGCAUGUCAGUGAGAAACCUGCAAUUUUAAACACAGAGAACUUGAUCAGAAAACCGAAUACAAUGGUUGCAAUCUAGCUAAAAGAUUGAGACUUUGGGUGUUUCACAGCUAGUCUCUGACAGGCAGAAAUUCCAUAAGGGCAGCUUUUCCUGGCAUGCAGAAAUAGCGACUGAAAAAACCUGCAUAUAUUUAAACUGAAGCUUCAGAGCACAGUUUUUAAAGGUUUAAAAUAACUUUACUGCAAUAGAAGACGUUUACUGCAAUAGAAGACAAGCGUUCUCCAGAUAUGGAGGAUGAUAUUGAACCUCUCCUGGUCCCUGUUGGUGGAGAUGAAGAUGAUGUUGGAGUUCUCAAUAUUCAGUUUAACCCAGAAGACCUUAAGUGCAAAAGGCCAUUCCAUGUAGAACCCACAAAUAUUGUUAGCAUGAACGACGACAUGCAGAGAGUUUCAGAUGAAGCUUCAGCAAUGAAUAAGCGGAUACACUACUAUAGCAGGCUGUCUUCACCGUCAGACAGAGCACUGGUGGCUCCUGAUCAUGUAGUUCCUGAUCCAGAUGAAAUCUAUGUGUACAGUCCCUCAGGAACGGCUUUCAAAAUAGACGGCUGUGCUGACGGUUAUGGCAAAAACUCAAGCAUGGUAACCAUUUUCAUGAUCUGGAACACAAUGAUGGGUACAUCUAUACUAAGUAUUCCCUGGGGAAUAAAACAGGCAGGAUUUACUACUGGUGUUGUUAUUAUUUUGCUAAUGGGCCUGUUGACCCUUUACUGCUGCUACAGAGUUGUGAAAUCAAGGUCAAUGAUACCUUCAACAGAUACUUCUGCUUGGGAAUUCCCAGAUGUUUGCCAGUAUUAUUUUGGAUCAUUUGGCCAGUGGUCCAGUCUUUUAUUUUCAUUGGUGUCACUUAUUGGAGCCAUGGUGGUUUACUGGGUACUCAUGUCCAAUUUCCUCUUCAAUACAGGAAAGUUUAUUUAUAAUUAUGUUCAUCAUAUAAAUGUUACAGAUAUCAUUCCUGGUACAAAUGGGAGUAAUAAAGUGAUCUGUCCAGGUGAAAUUGACCAAGAUGAACAAGGAAACAAAACUUUGAUGUUUCUUUCUACCACAGAAGCAGGAUUUGAGGUGUUUGAAAGGUGGUGGAGCAAGUCAGGAACUGUCCCACUUUACCUGAUUGCCAUUCUUCUGCCUCUGCUGAAUUUUAAGUCUCCAUCAUUCUUUGCCAAGUUUAACAUCUUAGGUACUGUUUCAGUCGUGUAUCUCAUUUUCCUUGUUAGUAUGAAAGCGGUGCGUUUGGGAUUUCAUUUACAAUUCAACUGGAUUGAUAAGAGCCCAUACUUUGUGCCAGAAUUCAGGAUUUUGUUUCCUCAGCUAACAGGGGUGCUGACUCUGGCUUUCUUUAUUCAUAAUUGUGUCAUUACACUGCUUAAGAACAACAAGAAUCAGGAAAACAAUGUGAGAGAUCUUUCCAUCGCCUAUUUUCUGGUGGGUUUAACAUACCUCUAUGUUGGGGUAUUAAUCUUUGCUGCUUUUCCAUCUCCACCAUUGACCAAAGAAUGCAUAGAACAGAAUUUUUUAGACAAUUUCCCCAGUGAUGACGUCAUGUCAUUUCUUGGACGAAUAUUCCUGCUGUUCCAGAUGAUGACUGUAUACCCACUGCUUGGUUACUUGGCACGAGUCCAGCUUUUAGGACACGUUUUUGGGAAUGUUUACCCAAGUAUUUUCCAUGUGUUGGUUUUGAACAUUGCAGUUGUAGGCGUUAGCGUCACCAUGGCCAUGUUUUACCCUAACAUAGGCGGGAUCAUAAGAUAUUCCGGAGCAAUGUGUGGUCUGGCCUUUGUGUUCGUUUAUCCAUCCCUCAUCUACGUUAUCUCUUUGCAUCGGGAGGGGCAACUGACGUGGCUGACGCUGGUUGUUCACAUCUUGAUCAUCCUCCUGGGAGUGGCUAACCUGAUUGCACAGUUUCCACUGUGAAUAUGGAUCUAAUUUUGGAUCAGUUUUUCUUUCUUGGGAGAUACUCCGGGAGGCAUAAGAAGUUACUUUGAACAACAGAUCGUAGAAGAUGGAGGACCGCCUAUCUAUGGCAGUGAACUUUUUUUCCCAAAGGAAAGCUGUGCUUUAAAGAAACCUUCUUUAGGAAAUGGACAAUGUACUUGUGGAUCUGCUUCAUCAUAGCAAACUGAAUAGUCCAAGUGAAUUUAUGAUGUAACUAUACUGAUAACCAGCAGAAAUUGGUUCCAGUAAUUCCAUUUUAAAUUCAUAUUUGGGUAAAUGUAUAUUCUUUCACCCAUGGAAAAAGCUAUCCAAGAACUUUUUAUAGAAUAUUUUCAGACCAGAUUUAUGUUACAUGAUGUCCUUGCAAGUUAACAGAACGAAUGGACUUGCCUGUUAUUAAAGUUCAGCACUGUGGUGACAUAUGUCAAAAUAGUCUAAAAUUGGUUAGGAUAUUUAUUGGUGAAAUGUAGCACAGAUCAAAUGAUAAAAUGUAUUGGGUUUUUUUAAAAAAAGCUUUAUCUUUAUUCCGUUGACUUUUUAGAAGAUGUGAUAAAUACACUUUGUACUGGGAAAAGUGUUCUGCUAUUCAUGCACCAAUACCUAGAUUAUCUGGACAUGGCUGCAUGAUUACGGCACAACACAACAAUAGUUAUUGAAGUGACGAUCCUAGAUCUUCCUUACAUGCUUCCUGUGUUUGAAAGAACUUAGCUGCCAGCCUUAUUAGUUUGAACUGACUUUGAACUCCUAUAGUGUUUUGAAGGUGAACAUUAAUAUGAUCAUGUUGUCACAAGAGCCUGGCUUUAAAAUGUAUGUGUAUUGGCCUCUUGUUACAACAUGACAACCGGCAUCCUGCACAUCCAGUGUGUGCCCCUUUAGGAUUUCUCAAUCUGGAAACCCCGAAAGUUGGGAAACUGUAUUUGUCACUGCUUAUCUACACAUCACGUUUAAACAGAAGUGGAAUCCAAGUAUACAUAGAUGGACACCUGUGACAGACAGCUGCAAGGAUUUUAAGUGGAGAGUCCUAAUUCACCUUCACUCCCCAAUUCCUUGUUCAGAUACCACCAUCUCCGCUGUUCUGGGUUCAAGAGACAGUUGCCCCACCCUAGUAUUUUACCAUGUGGCUGCACAAUUUAUUUCUUGCUGCUUCUCCCAUCUCCAAACAGCCCUUGGAAUUGGUGGUGCAGGUAUUAUGUGAGGUGCACAACGGAUGACUGCACAGCCUUGUACGAUCCCUGCACUAAUUCAGGAUUGCUUUGCAGAGCCAGCAAAUGGAAACUCUGUGAAGUGCCGUCAGCUUUGGGAUCUCUCUUUGUAUAUGUGGCUUGACGUGAAUUAGAAAUAUGGGAAGCUGUAAACAGGAGGAAAAAUAAAUUGGUGCUACUUUAAUUUU